UGUUCAUCUUCGGUUGAGCCUCCAGUCAUGUCCAUUGAAUACACUAUUGAUAUCCAGCUGACAGAGUUGGGAUUUCCGGACAUACUGCAGCCGGAGGAGGCUUUGGUCAGACAAACACCGUGUCGCUCCACAUCAUCUGAUGGCUCCAUCUCACCCAGUCACUCUCCUACUUCACUUCCAACCAAACAUAAACCGAAACGGCUGCUCAGAGGUGGCAAAGUAGUAGGUGCAGCAGGACAGACCUCAGACACCCAAGAAACCACAGUGGCCUCUGGUCCAUCCAAACGGACUGAGAUGUUAAACUGUAAACGGCUGAAUCCCACAACAAAAAGGCUGCAAGACAAACAAAGUGGCAGCGAUACAGCGCUCGCUGAGCCGUCAGCACCCACAGUGAUGAGUGAUCCCAUUGCUUUACAAGAAACCACAGACAUUCCCCCAGUGAUCGCUGAACAGGAAGGAGGGGGUAGCGAUGGAGAUGGAGGAGGGCAGAGACCUGAUGUAGACAUGGCUGAGGGUGAAUCGGCGGAAGUGCAGGAGGAUGACUCGGAUGACAGUGAAGUGUCAGAGGUGUAUGAGGAGGAAGAGGUUGAUGAGGAAGAGGAGGAUGAGGAGCUAAGCAGUGAGUCGAGUCAGUCAGGAGACUACCGGUGCAGCGUGUGUCAACAGCAUCUGCCCUCCAAGUUCAAGCUCCACGAUCACAUGAACCUCCACACAGGAGCACGCCCAUACUGCUGUGCAGAGUGUGGGAAGCGCUUCUGCCAGAUAUACAACUAUCGCGUCCACCUGCGCACGCACGCGCAGACCAAAGUGGAUCGUCUCCAGUGCCGGGUCUGUUUGAUGGGCUUUGCGUCGCAGGAAGAUCUGAACGACCACCUGGCAAAAACUCACUUGGAGGACGAGUUCUAUGAGUGUGACCUGUGCAAACGCGUGUUCACGUCCCUAAAGGCAUGUGAAUAUCACGUGCAGCUACAUAAGUGUAUGCUGAAUGUCAUGUGCGAAGUGUGUGGCCGCAACUUCUCAUCGCCGAAAUCCCUGGCGCGCCAUCGGAGGAAGAAGUGCCACCGUAAUUUUAAAUGCACAGACUGCACAAAGGUGUUUACCAAGAAGAAUGCACUGCUAAAACACAGUUUCUCCCACCUGGGUUUGUUGCCUUACACGUGUAUACGGUGUCGCUGCCACUUCCGAUUGGCUAAGCUGUACCGCCAGCACAAAUGUGAACCUGAACGCAUUCACUGCGUGGCGUGUCUGAGGGAGUUUCUUAGUCAGGAGGACUUCCAGCAGCACAAAAAGGACACGGGCUGCUGGGGCAAUCAGGAGCCCAGUGAGAAAACAAACGAGAUCAGAUGUUUGGAGUGCGGACAGAGGUUUGACUCGUCAGAAGAGCUGAAGAAACACGCUGGAGCUCAUCAGAGGGUGCUGAAGUGCGCUGAAUGCGGGAAGGGGUUCCGGUCGGCCUUGCUGUUGAUGUCCCACAUGGGCGGCCAUGCCGGGCAGUCACCCUGUCUUUGUCAGAGCUGUGGACUAGGCUUUCCCCACCAGCAGAACUAUGACAGCCACCUUAAGACGUGUGGACAAACACCUCAGUCUGCGAGCGCCACCAAGAAACGUGUGUCUUUAAAGAGCUCUGCGCUGGAGAGAAAAAAGCACAGCACUACACCAGACUCAUCAAACACAGCAAACGCAGUCACUUUGCCCGCUGUUGUUUUAAACAACCCUGCUCCACCAGUCGAGGAUACUAGCAAUCCAGGUCACGUGACUGAGGGUGUGUCUACUGGCACUGGUCCAUCAGACGGGUUGUGGAAGCUAACUCUUGACAAACAGCCGCCUGCUGGUGUCAAUCUUGUCUUGUUCGUUCCUGUUUGUCCAACGCAAGGCAACGGGCUCCCGCUCCCAUCUGCAAUCCCUCAGACACUACCCAUCACAGCUAUGCAAGCUCUGCCUGAGGGUCCGCUCGCAGUCGGUGCUGCUCUUGGAGCGACACUAAAUGCCCCACUGGAUCUGUUAACUGGGGUUAAACAGGAUCCAGAAGCACCCUUGGAUCUGUCUAAGAAGUCUGCAGUGACGUACCUUCCUGUUAAAGGUGAACCAGAAGAAUUUGAAAUCUCAGGACAGGCUGUAAAUGCUGGAAGGCAAGAAUUCGGAAACCAUCACAGCAAAGUGACAGCUAGAACAACCUCAAUAAAGACAGCUCCCACAGGACUCAUAGUGGAUAUAAAGAAAGAGCCUCAGACCUCUGGUUGUGAUUUGUGGUCGUCCGAAUCAAGCCAACUGACAGACUACAAGCUAGAGAAAGAGAUUAAGAUUGAAGUUAACAUUUCAAGUGCUGGUAAGGAAAAAUAAAGUACAGCAAGGUCAGAAAAGGAGAGAAAGAUCACAUUCCCUACCCUGUAAAGGAAGCAUUUAAUAUACUGUUAGAAUUACAUAUAUUACUGUGUAAUUUGUAUAUUGACCAUCAUACGGUUUUAUGACAAGGCAGCAUUUUCCUAUAACUAUUCCCACUUUUGUCACCAGGAUAGACUAUUAGUGUGACUGUGGUUUUUGUUUCAGAAGCUCUAUUCAGAAAAACAUAAUAUUGCUGGCUUCAUCGGUUUAUCGAAGGGGAUUUUUUUUUAUGCCUUUACUUCAUUACUGUUACAAUGGUGGAUGCUCAUAUUAAACAUAGCCAAAGUAUGAUGUCAGUGAGGGUGUACUCACACUAGACACGGUUGCCUGUGCAUGAUUGUUCCUGCUCCCCUGCACUCAUCUAUCUAGACACAAGUAUGCAUUACUUUGUCUGAGCAUCUCAGCUCCUCCCUCACUCGCACACACCCUGAAAGGCACUCUUGUAAGCUCACGAUUUUUUUUACACGUUGUAGCUUAAUUGGAAAAGUCGUGUCUCCUAAAUGAGUUUCGCCAGAGCCGCUAUCACUGAGAAAGCUGAAGUUAGUCAGCAGCAAUUGCACUACAUCAACGUCACAACAGAACCACUUUUGUAACAUGUUCCUGGUACAGCACCCAGCAAUCACAAAAGACAAAUGAGCUCGACUCUGAGGGUUCAACUGCACUCCUGCAUGAUACAGAUCGUCUCGUGUGAGUACACCCUGACCAGGGAUAUCCUUGGUUGGUCAUCUCAGGCAUACAGCUAUAGCUAUAAGCACACAAGCUCCUCCCACCUGCUGUAUAAAACUGUUUGGGGGGUUGGGGUUGCCAUUCAGAAGAAAUGGAGCUCCAUCAUUGACAGUAUAUGAAUAUGUCUAGCUUAUUUUGAGCUUUGAGCUCAUAGGUCACUUUAUCAUGAAUUGGCCUCUACAUUCAGAAAUAUACAAUGAGAGAAUCUCGAUACGUCUGUAGCAGACUGGAGACGGAGGAAUGCGUCUUUACCCGUUCAGACUCGAUGAUGGUUGUCUAGUAAGACGAUCAUCAUCGCUUCCACAGAACAGUGACCAGGGUGCUGGUUCAGACCUGAAGCUGACCUGUUCACAUGCUGUUCAUAUUAACAGACAAGGAUCCAUGUCUGAAAGGGGUCAAAGUGUGACAGUUUUCUUGCAUCUGUAAUUUAAACAAGACAUUCCAAGCUUUUAUUUAUCGAGGCACUUUUUUUCUUCUUUCCUUUUGCAUUCAGAUGUAAGGUUGUAAAUUCAGCCUGCUGGAGGAAGAAUGAAUGGAGAUGAAUCCUAUGCAGUGUGAUGCAGAAUUUCUAUUAGCAUUAAAAUUUCUGUCAUGUUCUUCCUAUCGUCUUGGAAAACUGGUUCUUUUUGUAAACUAGAGUGAAACAGGGGUUUUUUUUCUUCUGAAAGCUUGUUUUGUAUAGUAAAUAGCAUUUUAGUGCUAUGUUAAAUAUUUCAUUAUGAACGGUACUGAUUAGUAGAAUGAAUAGAUGUCUUCUUGUGAUUAACAUUUUAUGACUCUAAACAGUCUGCAGGUAUAUUUUGUUUUUCUAAAGGUUAAUAAAUGCUUGUUUGGAUGCAA